AUGAGCAAAUAUGAAGUGUUUUUAGGAGGAUCGUGCAAUCCAACGACAUGGAGAAUAGAUUUAGCUAUUCCAGAAUUAGAAAAUAUGAAUAUUUCAUAUUACAAUCCACAACAAGUUGGAGAGUGGCGACCCGAACUUUUAGAGGUCGAAUAUCAAGCCAAGGAAAAUGCAACGGUUAUGUUUUUCGUUAUCGACAAUCAAACGAGAGGAGUGUCGGCGUUGAUUGAAGUUGCACACUUGGCUGGAAAUCGUAGAAAAUUGAUUUUGGUCAUUCAAUCCUACACGCAGAAAAAUCAAAUUAUAUGCAACGAACAAAUAUCUCAAAAGGAAUACGAAGAUUUAAAAGCUGGACAAAACGUGCUACAGAAUUUAGUAGAAAGUCAAAAUAUUCCAGUUUUCGAUGAUAUUAAAGUAGCAUUGAAAACAACGGAAAAAAUUCUUCGUGAAAAUUUAACCGUACAAGAUCUGCAACUUCAUACAAUUGAGAAAAGGGAAGAAGAAAAACCAACUCCUCAAGAAAUAUUUGAAAAAUUAGAUGUGACCAAUACGGGAAUAAUAUCGGUAAAAGAAGCAUGUUUAGCACUCGGAGUUUUAAAUCGAAAUAAUAUAUCAUUGGAGGAUAUGAAUAAAUUAUCUAAAAAAUUAGGAAAUAAUUUAAAUGGAAAUCAAUCGGAGGAUGUAAAAAUCGAUUAUGAAUCUUUAUUGUUUUUGUUGAAAGAAUACGAAAGGGAAAAAGAAGUUGGUUUAACCGAAUCGGAUUUUUCCGCCGGUGUCAAUCAUCAUUGUUAUUACGAUGUUUAUUUGGGGGGCACAAUCGAAAAUACACAAUGGAGAGAAUCGAUAGCCGUACCGAUGCUAAAUCAGGAAAAUCUCAGUUAUUUUAUUCCGAAAAUAAAAGAAGGAAAAGAACAAUUUACAAACGUCGAAGCAGCAGCUAUGGAUAAUAGUCGUGUUUUAUUAUUCGUCAUAACGGGAACGGCACGAUCGAUAUCCGCCAUGGCUAUUGCUGGACAUUAUAUCGGACGAGGAGCAAACGUCGUUCUUUGCAUUCAGUAUUUACCGGAAGAAGCUAAAAUAGAUGAUGAAACGUUAUCGGGAAGAGCCGUUAAAGAUUACAAUCGUGGAAGGAUGUAUUUAACGGAUAUAGCCAAAAGAAAUGGGAUUUCAGUUUUCGAUGAAAUUCCAGAGGCAGUAGAUUACGUCAUGAAAAAAUGUUUGAAUCGGUAA